AUGAGGAUAUUUGGCUUAGGAAAUUGUCUCAGGAUAUUUGCCUUAGAUAUUUGGCUUAGGAUAUUUGGCUUAGGAAAUUGUCUCAGGAUAUUUGGCUUAGGAAACUGUCUCAGGAUAUUUGGCUUAGGAUAUUCCCUCAGGAUAUUUGGCUUAGGAUAUUUGGCUUAG